UAGUCCUAUAGUUUGUUUUGGUGAUUGUGUCGUCUAUCGUGAAAUAGUGUAGAUGUGCCUGAUUUGGUAUUGUAUUUUCAUGAUCUUCAGUGCAUGAAUUUGAAAUAAAUGUUUUUAAUUAUCUUUAGUCGCGACCCCUUUAGAAUGCGAGAAAAACCGGUAAUGACGUCAAUAGUGUAGUAACCUAUGCUGUUCGGAGACUUUCGCUAUGGAUAGGUAAACGGCAAAGAGGAAAACUUUUUGUAGAUAAUUUAGCUAUCAUUUCUGCAUACUUUCACUCUUUGGAUUAAUGUGACUAAUUUAAACGUACUGUUGUACUUCUAUCGUAUCAAACUUUGUUAUUUAAUCAUGAGUUUUGAGAUUCCUACCGGUUUAACAGACCUUCUGCAGGAUUUUACAGUUGCGGUGCUUAAAGAAAGACCAAGUGAUUUAACUCAGUUUGCAGCUGAUUACUUUGUGAAGUUAAAUGAAAAUAAAAACAAUGAUAGUUCAGUUAAAAAUGUGCGUGCGGGGGGCGUACGAUUCGCAGCAAGUCCACCUCCCGAGGAACCAAUGCAGACCGACAGCGACGAUGAAGAGCCAGAGCCCCCUCCUAACCUAAACGCACGUGGGACUAGAAGAGGUUCUGUAUUUGCUGCCCCAUAUAACCCUGAGAGCGAUGACGAGUAUGAAAAGAUCGUCCACCCAAAGUCAGAUGAACAAAGACAGAGAUUGGCUGAAGCAGUUAAUCAUAUCCUCCUGUUCCGUUCAUUAGAACCGGAACAAAUGCAAGAGGUCCUGGAUGCCAUGUUUGAGAAAAAGGUUGUGGAUGGAGACCAUGUCAUUGAUCAGGGCGAUGAUGGAGACAAUUUCUACGUCAUAGAGAGUGGACUCUUUGAUAUCAUUGUAAAUGGAAAAACUGUUGGAAAGUAUGAAAAUAAAGGAAGCUUUGGGGAGCUGGCACUGAUGUAUAAUCAACCAAGGGCAGCAACUAUUGUAGCAACAACAGAGGGCAGACUAUGGGCCAUGGACAGAGAAACCUUUAGAAGAAUUGUUCUAAAGAAUGCCUACAACAAGAGGAAGAUGUACGAGAACUUAAUAGACAAUGUUCCCAUGUUAAAAACACUAGAUCCUUAUGAAAAGAUGAAUGUGGCUGAUGCCUUGGUCACCAAGACAUUUGAGGACGGUGAAGUAAUUAUAAAACAGGGUGAUGAAGCUGACUGUAUGUACUUUAUUGAGGACGGAGAAGUGCGAGUGACCGUGAAAAACCAGGAUGAAAAUGAAGAAGGGAGAGACCCAGAGAGUAAAGAAGUGGAAGUCAAACGAUACACAAAGGGAGGCUACUUUGGAGAGCUGGCCCUUGUUACACAUAAACCAAGAGCUGCCACCGCGUAUGCCGUGGGUAAAACUAAGUGUGCAGUGCUAGAUGUACAGGCAUUUGAGCGUUUACUAGGUCCAUGCAUGGAUAUAAUGAAAAGAAACAUAGACGAAUACGAGGAACAGCUAAUUCAGGUAUUUGGCGACAAGGCCAGCAUUUCAGAUCUCCGCUGAGUGUGCCCCUUUCAUCAUUACAGACCACUAACAGACAGACAGACAAACCAGUCUGUCAAGUCUCUCUAGUAAACUAACUGUGUGUGUGGUCCACUGUUCUCCACACGUUUCCAAUAGUCAUCUUUUUACUCAUCAUCAAAAUAUAUAUAUAUAUAUAUUAUUUUCAACCUCUCUACUUUAUAUUUAUGUAAUGUAGAAUACCUAUUUUUCUUAGAUAUUUAAGUAGUACAUUUGUACUUCUGUGAAUUUUUCUGGAGGAUACUUUUCACUUGUUUUUGUGAAUUCGUUAAUUACCUCUGAAGUGCAAGUAUAAGUCUAGUCAUUUAAUUCUUAUCUUAAAUCUUCAAUUCUUGACAACAACAAAAAUAUUGAUAUUAAAGGGAAGAAAUGUAAAUAUAGGACAUUCUUGGUUUAUCUCAAUAAUACACUUAUAUUGCUGAUUAAUGCGAGAUAUAUUAAAAUUUUCUACUUUCUGAAAAGUGAAGAUCAGAAAAGUUCUCUAAACUUGAUGAGAGUCAUAACUGUAUAAAUUCAUUCAUUGCAUUUCAUUUUUUUCCGUAUCAGGCUGCCAUUUUUUGUGCUAUGAAGUAUUUAAAGUAUUGAAUGAUUUAUAUAUAUAUAUAUAAAAAUUUAUGGUAAUUAUAUUUAUGUUAUUUUAUGAUUGGAUAAAUGUGUUGUACAAGAACAAACCAAACAGAAAUGUAUACAUGUGUUUGUUGAUGGUUGUAUUCAAUUUUUUUCUUGUUUAUAAGUGGCAUUCUAAUUUGAAAAAUUUUUUCGUGAACGUUUUAGAGAAGUGUCAGCUUACAAUCAGAAUUUUUGACCAAUUAAAUUAUUUCUUCACCAAACAAAUGAAAAUUGAUAUGACUUAUAUUGGAAUAGCGAACUCUUAAAUCAUGCUAAUAAGCACAAUUUUAUUUGACUGAUAAAAAAAUGAAAUUCAAGUAUUAUCAUUUUUGUUUUUAAAGCAAGUAUUAAAAUAAAGACAUUAAAUUAUCUUGAGAUUGAAAAAAUUUAAAUAUAUUUGUCUUAGAAGUAGGGUUAUCUUGCCAAAAUGGAAUACUCAAAGAGUUUGUUGAUUCAGGUAAAUGUUUAUAUGAAGAUUUACAAAAUUUUAAUGGAGACGAAUACUUAUCCUUGAUAGAACUAUUAAGCUCUCAAUUUUUUUCCCCAUAGCUUUAACACUGUAAUAUAUUUUUUUUUUUCAAAAUAAGUAACUACCAAAACAUGUAGCAAAUAUUUUUAUGAUAUUUUCCUUGUAAAUACAUGUAUAUCUCUUGCAUUGAAAGAUAAAACAAUUGGAAUAUCCAAGUUUCAUUUGCUUUAUAUUCACAAAUCUUGAAAAGCAUCAGACUGACCAAAUAUUUUUUGUAAAACUUAGAAUACAGAAGCUGAAACCUCCCUGUAGUCUUAAAAUAAAAACAUAAAUUAGUAGAAGACAUUUAGAAAAACAAUACUGGUACAAAGCAAGUCAUAACAAUAGUCACAUUCAUAAGUUAACUCUUGAAAAGAUCAACUUCACAUUAACACAUUCAAGUGCUUUACUAUUGACUGAUGGUUUCUUUAUUUAUCAACAAGUUUGAACGGUAUUUCCUUGUAAUUUAUUUCAUUGUGAAAAGCUUAUGAGAACUGUCUGUAUAUAUGUCUGUUUAAUUUAAUUGAUAUUUCAGACAAGGCAGAUAUCUAUGAUUGAAUUUCAGUCUUGUUAAAAAUUUUAUUUUUUGUUUGUUUGUGUUUUAACAUUUGAUUGAUUGUUUAUUAGUUUAUGAAUAAAAAAAAUAUCUGUCACUGUAUUCUUAUAGUAUAUCUUGAACUCAGUUUUCAUCAUUGUGAAACUGCUGAAAUAAAAAGUGACUUUAUUAUUUAGUA